AUGCCCAUUAGAAAUCCUAGCUCAUUUUCCAACGAAGAAAGAGUAGAGCACUUGCGAAGAAUUGAUGAUGAUAGCCUGACCAAUAAAGAGGAAAGUUCUGCUUUAGAUGUUGUGGAGAGCAGUAUAAUUUCAAAUAUUAUGGAAAUUGGUUAUGAUUCUUGUGUCAAUCAGGGUUCUGAUUUCUGGAACAGGGAAAUCAAGUCGCUGGAUCUGUUCUUACUGAUUUUAGGAAUACAAAGAAGCAGUACUUGUGCAAGCUCCAGGGAGAUACAAAAACCCAAAAUUUUCUUGAGAAUGGGAAGCACGGGUGAAACCAAGUAUGGAUCGUACACCUAUGAAAACCUUGAGAGGGAACCGUACUGGCCAACCGAAAAGAUCCGGAUUUCCAUUACCGGAGCCGGCGGAUUCAUUGCCUCGCACAUCGCCAGGCGUCUGAAGAGUGAAGAUAUGGGAGGGAUGGGUUUUAUUCAGUCAAAUCAUUCUGUCAUCAUGUAUAACAAUACGAUGAUAAGCUUUAACAUGAUCGAGGCUGCAAGGAUCAAUGGAGUUAAGAGGUUUUUCUAUGCCUCCAGUGCUUGUAUCUAUCCUGAAUUUAAGCAGUUGGAUACCAAUGUCAGCUUGAAGGAAUCUGAUGCUUGGCCCGCGGAGCCUCAAGAUGCUUAUGGCUUGGAGAAGCUGGCAACAGAGGAACUCUGUAAACACUACAACAAGGAUUUUGGAAUCGAAUGCCGAAUUGGACGUUUCCAUAACAUUUAUGGUCCAUUUGGGACAUGGAAAGGUGGGAGGGAGAAGGCGCCUGCUGCCUUCUGUAGGAAAGCCCUUACAUCCACAGAUAAAUUUGAGAUGUGGGGAGAUGGUCUACAAACACGAUCUUUCACUUUUAUUGAUGAAUGUGUCGAGGGUGUUCUAAGAUUGACCAAAUCCGAUUUCCGAGAGCCUGUAAACAUUGGAAGUGAUGAGAUGGUCAGCAUGAAUGAGAUGGCUGAGAUUGUCCUGAGCUUUGAGAAUAAAACGCUCCCCAUCCAUCACAUUCCUGGACCAGAGGGUGUACGCGGUCGAAACUCAGACAACACUCUAAUUAAGGAAAAGCUCGGGUGGGCUCCUUCUAUGAGAUUGAAGGAUGGACUGAGAAUCACAUAUUUCUGGAUCAAGGAACAAAUUGAGAAGGAGAAGGGUCAGGGCACUGAUACAUCUGCCUAUGGGUCGUCAAAAGUUGUGGGGACGCAAGCUCCAGUUCAACUCGGUUCUCUUCGUGCUGCUGAUGGCAAAGAAUGA